UCAUCUUUCCAUCUGUACCGUGAGCGUGCUAGCCUAGGACGCUGACCCCAGCUCUGGGUGCCCACACUUGCUGCUCACUGCUUGCUGCUUGCUGGCAAGGGACCCCCAGCUCCCCUGAGCCAUAGCUGGGGGUGCCCCAUAUGCAGUCCUUGGGUCGAAAGCCCCUGUGGCUGGCACUGUCAGCCUCCUGUCUCCUCCUCAUUCUUUUGGAGAUCUUCCCGCUUCUGCGCCCAGCAGUGCACCCCGGGCAUGGCCCGGGAUCCUCCCAUGGCCGGCCCCGCUGGCAGGAUGCUGAACUCUUGCAGAGUUUCUUCCAGCCCGAGGAACUCCUGGAAACCACCCUUCCACCUCAAGCCCCCACCGGAGGCAGCUGCUACCGGGGAGCCUGCUUUGAUGCCCACAAGUGCAGGGCAGAUGGGUUCAAGGUGUUUGCGUACCCAGCGGCGGGAUCCACCUCGGAGGCUCAUCGCAAGAUCCUGGCUUCCCUGGAGGUCUUGCCCUACCACACACGGAGCCCGGCCGAGGCCUGCCUUCUCCUUCUCCUCCCAGGCCCUGACGGGUGCAGCCAGGUGCCUCUGCAGUGGAAUGAGGGUAAGAACCACAUGGUUCUAACUCUCCACCCAGCCCCCUGCCCACGCAGCUUCCAGCUGGGACAGGCAAUGGUGGCGGAGGCCAGCCCCACAGUGGACACCUUUCGACCUGGCUUCGAUGUGGCCCUCCCACGCCUCCCUGAAGCCCACCCAUUGCGAGGUGGGGCUCCUGGGCAGCUGCGGCAGCACAGCCCCCACCCUGGGGCUGCCCUGUUAGCCCUGGCUGGGGAGAGGGGCAGGUGGUGCGCAGCAACGGCCAACUCCUCUGCCCGUUCCUGGAAUGGGAACUGUGAUCAGGACCCUGGAGGCGAGCAGAGCCAGCCUGGGGAGAUGCUGCCCAACGCCACCUUCUGCCUCAUCCCUGGCCAACUUCCUGACGCCUGGCGCUUUCUCCAAGCUCUACAGGCUGGCUGUAUCCCUGUGCUGCUCAGCCCACGCUGGGAGCUGCCCUUCUCUGAGGUCAUCGACUGGACGAAGGCAUCCAUCGUAGUGGAUGAAAGGCAAGCCCUACAGGUCCUGGCUGCCCUCCGGGAGAUGCCCCCUGCACGGGUCCUCGCCCUGCGGCAGCAGACCCAGUUUCUGUGGGCUGCCUACUUUGCCUCCGUGGAAAAGGUCAUGCACACAGCUCUGGAGAUUCUGCGGGCUCGCAUCUUUGGAGCUUCUGUGCAUGACUGGUUGCUGUGGAACAACCCUCCAGGGGCACUCUUGGCCCUGCCCACCUUUUCCAUGAACCCCCAGGACUUCCCCUUCUACCACCUGCAGCAGGGUUCCCGCCCUGAGAGCAGCUUCAGUGCCCUGAUCUGGGUUGGAUCCCUCAGCCAGCCACCCCUGAAGCUCAUUCACACAGUGGCAGAGUCCCAGCACUGCGCCCAGAUCUUGAUUCUCUGGAACAGUGCGAGGCCAUUGCCAACAAGGUGGCCAGACACAGCAGUGCCUGUGACCGUCAUUGAUGGGCUUAGGAAGGCCAGCGCCCGCUUCCUCCCGUACAGCACCAUCAGCACUGACGCUGUCCUCAGCCUGGAUGCCCAGAGCAGCCUCUCCACAAGUGAGGUGGACUUUGCCUUCGGGGUGUGGCAGAGCUUUCCAGAGCGGAUGGUGGGCUUUGUGACACACAGCCACUUCUGGAACGAAGCUGGGGGUGGCUGGAGCCACACUGCUGAGAGGGCUAAUGAGUUUUCCAUGGUUCUCACCACAGCCACCUUCUACCACCGGUACUACCACACCCUCUUCACUCACUCCCUGCCCGAGUCACUGAGGACCCUGGCAGAUGAGUCACCUGUGUGCCUGGACAUCCUGAUGAAUUUCCUAGUAGCAGCUGUCACCAAGCUGCCCCCGAUCAAAGUGCCCCAUGCCAGGUGGCACCAGGAAGCCGAGCUGUCGGCACCCGGGGGCUCAGGGCCUGGACCAGAGUCGCAGCCUUCAGCCCAGGACUGCAUCAACCAGGUGGUUGAGGGGUUCGGCUACAUGCCCCUGGUGUCAUCUCGCCUGCGGCUAGACCCGGUGCUGUUCAAAGACCCAGUGUCGGUGCAACGCAAGAAGUACCGCAGCCUGGAGAAGUCCUAGUGGGGCACCUGCCUGCAAGAAGGUGGAGAACCAACCCCGGGUGGCCAGGUAGCCAAGCCAAGCAUCAGAGCCGAGCCAGUCGAUCACAGCCGGGACGCCUACUCCCACGCUGACACCUGCUUGCAGCCUGGGUCCUUGACUGCUCCUACAGCCUUGUGUAACCCUCGCCCCCAUCCGCUGGGGGAGUCGGGCUCCUUGGCGCUCUUGCAGCCCUAGCAAACUCUAGACUGUCAGGUUCCAAAUGGCCAGAGAGCCCUGGAGGAUGGAUCCUGUCAGCUUCUCUCCAGCCUGGCAGGGGCACCGGCUGGCCACUAUCUGGGGAACUGGUAGAGAGAGAUGUUACCUGUGUGUUGGUCACAAAUGAGUCUGAGACAGGGUGCACCGAGACAAAAACUGGUUCCCCAGUCCUGGGACUGCUAGGCAUGGAGCGAGAGGCAGCUAUCCACAGGUGCCUGGGUGAAGCCAGCGAGGAAGCCAGUAGUGUAGGCGCUCCCGCCCUCCCUGCGCUACCGGACCGGGCCACUAGAGGCCAGCGCCGCGCCGCACUGCCUCCGCCUAGUA